AAGUCCGAAGCAACGCUUGUUGCCAGGAUUGGUUGUCUCGAAUCCGCCGGCACACGUAUAGCAGCGUACCGUACAGGCAAUUGCGCUUAUUUUAGACAGGACGAGGUACAGAUUCUAACAGGUGCUCGAACGUAAUCUGGCAGAACAUACACACAAUGACCGUGAUAGAUCUGUCUCCCGCGAAGGAUAACGGUGUACUGAAGGAGAUCAUCAAGAAAGGAGUAGGAGAUAAGACUCCCACGACUGGUUGCAAGGUGAAGGUGCAUUAUACCGGCACCCUCUUAGAUGGAACAAAAUUCGACUCCAGCAAAGACCGGAACGAGCCGUUCAAGUUCGAUCUUGGACGUGGUAGUGUCAUCAAAUCAUGGGACAUUGGUGUGGCUAGCAUGAAGAAGGGCGAGAUUGCUAUACUGACGUGCGCCCCUGAGUAUGCUUACGGCCAGUCUGGUAGCCCACCUUUGAUUCCGCCAGAUGCUACAUUAAAGUUUGAAGUUGAGUUGCUUGACUGGUACGGAGAGGAUCUAAGUCCAGGCAAAGAUAGGGGCAUCGAAAGAUUUCAAAUCGAUGCGGGAAAACCCUAUGCUUCUCCAGAGGAGAACAGCCUGAUGGAUGUACAUUUGGUCGGGAGAUAUAAUGGACAAGUGUUUGAAGAAAGGGAUGUAUCAUUUAUCCUUGGAGAGGGAGCAGCUGUGGGAGUCAUAGAAGGUGUAGAGGUAGCGCUGCAACGUUUCUACAGCGGCGAAAAAUCGAGGAUUCUAAUCAAGAGCAAAUAUGCGUUUAAAGAACAAGGAAACCCUGAGUUUAAUAUCCCGCCGAACGCAAACGUGGAGUACGAGGUGACGCUGAAGAGCUUCGAGAAGGAAACGAACUUAUGGUCGAUGGAAGCGCCAGAAAAAAUCAAACAAGCAAAGAUACAGAAAGAAAAGGGAACGAAUUAUUUCACGUCUGGUAAAUUAGAUCUAGCGAUUAAAGUAUAUCAGAAGGUCUUCAAAUACAUAGAAACCGCAUCAGAUUUUGAAGAUGAUCUGAAAAAGGAGAGAGACAAUAUCGCAUUGACGACUCACUUAAAUCUCGCUUUAUGUUAUCUGAAGACCGAUCAGAGUCUGUCGGCAAAGGAACAAUGUACCAAAGCUUUAGAGCUGGAUCCUCAGAACGAGAAAGCAUUGUUCAGAAGAGGACAAGCGUAUCUGGGACUCGCAUCGCCGGAAGUUGCUAUCGAGGAUUUCCGAGAGGUUGUAAAAGUACAGCCGAAGAAUACGGCCGCGUCUAAGCAAAUUCUAAUCUGUAAUAAUCUUAUUAAGAAGCAGUUAGCUAAAGAGAAGAAACUUUACGCGAACAUGUUCGAUAAGUUUGCGCAGGAAGAUAAACAGAAGGAGGAGCAAAAGCUGAAGGAACUACCGGACGUGAUGCACGGAACUUUAGGAGAGUGGGGACAGGAGGAGAGACCCGGCGGUAGAGAUGCAACUGCUUUCGAGAAGGAAAAUCCUAAUAUACUUAUGCUCAACGCUAACGGUUCCGGCGAAUUCAAAAACAUGUAAACGGCAGCCUUUCGUUCCUCUUCCUUUUCGCACUGCCCCACGUAACUGCCAAUAUCCGGGAAGCUCGUCAGUCUUUAUUUCCGCUGCCUCUUAAGUAGUGCUAUCUCUUACAGAAGUCGAAAAUUCGGGUGCGUAUCGAAAGCUUGCUAAAAAUUGUUAAAUAUUCUUCUUGUCAGAUAUGUUCUGCCUUUUUAUACAUCAUUAUUGUAUGCAAAACUUCUAUAAACGCGUCUUCUUUUUCUCAACUUUUCAAAAAGAUGAAUGAAAUUUAUCGAAUCCUUUAAAGGAUGGUGGCGUUAACGUGACAUGAUUUUUUAGAAUAUUGUUACACUCUUAUUUCUCUUGUUUGAUUGUAUUCCGGUCUGAGUUAUGAGAUUUCCGACUUCUGCAAAAAUACAUGCAAAAUGAUGAAAGAAUAAUCGUAUCUCAAAACCAUACCAUUCCACAUUGUAUAGUGCCAUUGCUUAGUAUACUAGUAUAUAAUCGGCACAUUAUAUACAUUAUAAUUCGAGAGAAGAAUUAAUAUAAAUUUAAUAUGUUCAUAUCAUAAUGUACAAACAGUUCUACAAACUAUAUUUUCUUCACUGUAGUAACAUUUCACCGUAGGUCUCCACGGAAAUUAUAAAUUGAGAGAUUAAUAGAUUAAUGUGAAAUAUUAAGAGAAACAAUGCGUAACGUAGAUAACACGUGCAUGUGACAAUUGUAUGGAAGUCAUUAUAGCAAUGUACAUCUUUCCAUUUUAUACCUGUGUAUCUCGUUUGCAUCUCGCUCACGAAUUGUGUGUGUAAUAUUAAGAAUGAAGAGAGAAGCAAGAAA